AUAGAACUGCGAAACAGUUUCAUUCCAUCUUAAGAUUUGUGCGUAUCGUGCUCGUGAAUGCAAUUGUCGGUGCCAUGUUCAGCCUCGUAUAUUCUCCAUUUUGCAACAUACAUUUUUGAUUAAUUAUUUUUUAAAUAGCGAAUUUUUUAAAUUAAAUCGAACGUAUAUUACCAAGAGUAUUACCAGUUAAAAAUAUGCGGAUGAAAUAAAAAAAAGAGAACAACAGAGAAUUCAAUUAAAUGCCAAUCAAGUGUCGUCGAUCCUCUUCCACGUGUAUCCAAAUCGCAUUUAUACAUUUUCUAUAAUCAACUAGAAUUAAUAAAGACAAAAAAUGCGGGUGCUUCCGGUGAUACUUGUUUCUCUGUUAUGGCUCACGGUUUGCAGUGCAUAUCGCUUUCUUGGAAUAUUUCCACUUCCGGGCAAAAGCCAUUUCAUCAUGCUGGAAAGUUUGGCGAAGGGUUUGGCCGAUAAAGGGCAUCAGGUCGACGUAAUCAGUCCUUUUCCUCAGAAAAAACCCUAUCCGAAUUAUACCGAUAUCGUAAAAUUGACAUCGACUAUGGUAUUCGUGAACAAUAUGACAUAUGAAUUUGUGAUGACGCUGUUAGUGCACAUGAAUCCGGUGAUUCCUGUAGCGACAAUAGCUGGUAACGAUGUUUGUGAAGCUCAUCUGAAGAAUCCGAUAAUACAAAAUCUGGUGCGCAAUCCGCCAAAGAAUCCACCCUACGACGCGGUGAUUAUGGAGCUCUUUGGUGCACAUUGCUUCGCGGCCAUCGCUCAUUUGUUAAACAUACCCCUGAUCGGAGUCAGCACGACGUCGAUGUAUCCAUGGCUUAAUAACUUAAUCGCUCAGCCCGAGAACUUGGCCUUCGUGCCGAACACUCUUGUAGACUUGGAAGUUCCCAUGAACUUUUGGCAGCGUACAUACAACGUCUUUAAUACCUACUACUCCAAGUUGUUCUUCAACUAUCUCACGCGAUCGCAAGACGAUUUAGUGAGGAAGUACUUCGGUCCAAAUUUGCCAAGUGUACAUAAGAUGAACUUGGCGCUGAUGCUUAUUAAUUCUCACAUCGCUCUGAAUAAGAUCCAACCGCUGACACCUGCUGCCAUCCAAGUAGGGGGGAUCCAUAUCCGAGAUGACGAUUUGCCGUUGCCGCAGGAAUUGAAGAGAUGGAUGGACGAUAGCAAAGACGGUUUUGUGUACUUCACCUUCGGCUCGAUGGUGCUGAUCGAAACGUUUCCGCAGAAAAUUUUAGAUGUGUUUUAUACCUCCUUAGGCAAGAUAGCACCUGUGCGGGUUUUAAUGAAGGUACCGAACCCGGAGAAGUUACCGUCUGGCUUACCCAAAAAUGUCUACACAUCCGCUUGGAUGUCGCAGCUGAAAGUAUUAAGACAUCCAAAUGUAAGAGCCUUCAUCACUCAUGGCGGGCUCAUGGGCACCCUGGAAGCGAUCACCUGCGGUGUUCCCAUGAUCGGCAUGCCACUUUUCGCCGAUCAGUUUAAGAAUAUCGACUCGUACGUCACGAAAAACAUCGCUGUGAAGUUGGACGUCCAUAAGCUCACUGAGCAAGACAUGGAUGCAGCCUUGAACGCGAUCUUGCAUGAUCCGCGAUACAUGGAGAACGUUAGAAAUCUGUCGAAGAGAUUCAUCGAUCAGCCACUGAGACCUAUUGACACCGCAAAUUACUGGAUCGAAUACGUGAUUAAAUACGGUGACGACGUGUUGCGGUCGCCCGCUAUGGAUUUGACCUGGUGGCAAUUAUGUCUCGUCGACGUGGUUGCGUGUGUUCUGCUUUGCGUGGCAGCCAUUAUUACCGUUGCAGUAACCAUCGUUCGUUUUGUGAUCGAAAUGAUAAAUGGAAAUCAUCACAGAUCGUUACAUUCAAAGAAGAUUAAUUAGAUACACUAAUUCAAAAGAAACUUUGAAGAAUAUAAACAGCAGGUAAUUAUUUAUCGGAAUUGUUCUCUGACUGACGAAACUUUCUGUGCGCAUGUAAUUUUUCAUUCUGCAGAGACUCUUCGGAAAUUUGGGCACAAUGGGCAUUCCAUUUGCUCAAGAUUUUGUACGGUAUUUUGAAAACUGGCGUGAGAGUGUGAAUGGUCGUGAUCAAGGAAGCUGAGUUAGGUCGGUACCAUAUACUGCAGUGUCACAGAAUUCUUCUUGUAACUGGAAAACGAACGUUUCACAAUCAGUAGCAACUCAGUAUCUUAGUUUUUUAAGAAGACAUGAUUCCUGCUUCCUUCUUACUUCUUUAAGUUAGAGUAAUUAUACUUUUGUUUAUUAUAAAAAAGUAAAACAAGAAAACAAGGAAAAAUUAAAAAAUGAUAUAAAAAAA